AUUUACAAGAUCAUCACCUCAGGGGAAGGUCUGUGCCUGUUUCACUGCUCUUGCAGAAGAUGACUCUGAUCCCAAGCUUCCUCGCUAGGGUGGGAGGCGGCAGUCCCGUCCUGGCGUUCCGAAUGGCAGCUCUGGCAAUGCUGGUGUCAGAACACAGCACACUGGAAAUCAUUUAUGCACCUACCACAGAAUACCUGGAAGAAGGCAAGAGCCUGAAUUUGAACUGCCUCAUCAGGCACCAACAGAAUGAAUCGUCACAGCUCGAGGCUCACUGGUAUAAAAGGGCAAAUAAGCAAAACGAGACUGGGUUUGGGGAGGAGAUGGAAAGCUUGCACCUCUCCCAAAACUCAGACCCCACGGCGAAAGUCAUGUCCUCACUGCUGCUGCAAAUUCAGAAAGUCAACCAGUCAGACAGUGGCCGCUACCAGUGCAGGGCCAAGAUAAAGAACACUGUCCUGAAUGCUGUGGGACACUUCAUCAGGGUGAAUGUAACAGAGAGGACAGAGGUUGACCUGGAAGAGAACAAAGCUCUGAGGGUGGAUUCUGGGCUGGAGGAGAUGUGGACUGUGGUUAUGAUAUCCUGGAUAAUUGUGUGUGUCAAAGGACUCAUAAUGUGAAGACCCUGUGAAGUCUGAGCUGCUUUGCUUAAACAACCUACUGUUCCUGAGAUG